AAAGGAGAGCCAGCAGCAAGAAGAAAACAGCCACGAUGAGAUCCAAGUCCUUUCUGCCGCCGCUGCUCGUGUGCUUGGCAAUGGCAGCUGCUGCGCCGCGAUCGGCGGCGGCGGCGGCGGCCUCCGGAGUCGCCGCCGUUGGCGGGGGUGGGAUCUUGCAUGUCCCUACCGCUGCCGAGCUGGCCCGCUGCCCCCCCGGUUGUGGGGAUGUUCACAUCGUGUACCCUUUCGGGAUAGGGCCGGGCUGCUUCCGGCAAGGCUUCGAGCUCACCUGCCACAACAACAAGCUCUUUCUAGGCAACAGUACUACUCAGAUACAGGAGCUACACUACGACUAUGUUGAGGCCUCCUUCGUUGAGCUCAGCGUCGACAUGAGACCAGGUGGGGACGCCUAUUACGUGUCGUGGGAAUCCCCUGUCAAGGGCCUUACUCUCUACAGAUAUAACUCUCUGUACGUGGUUGGGUGUGGCGUGGACGCCUACUUGUUCGACCACGACACCAACCAUCUCAUCGGUUUUUGCAUGAGCGUUUGCCUGGAAGACAGGGAGGCCAUGGAGAAGGACGAUGAUGCGCUCGCGGGAGAUUCUGCGCCCUCGAGUAUGAUGUGCAAUGGGCAGGGCUGCUGCAGCAUUGCCUUGAAACAGAACCGGCGAGCCCUUGCUCUGAGAAUCGGCCGCCUCCGUGAUGGCAAAGCGCAAGCACAUCAUCAACUGCUCCGUAAAGUGAAACUUUUCUUGUCAGAAGAGUACUGGUUUCAGACGCGUGAUCUUUACUCGAGUCGAAUACACGGGAUCCAAGAAGGGGCGAUCUUCCUUACAGCUUUCACGGACCAACCGAAUUGUAAAAGCGCCCAAAUGGAAAAAUCAAGUUACGCAUGCAGCAGAGGAAGUACCUGCGAAGAUAGCCCACAUGGAGGAGGCUACUCGUGUUGGUGCCAAAACCAAGGCCGCAAUAAUCCUUACACUGCAGAUGGCUGCAUUCCAGUUUACCAGCCCAAUCCCAAAGGGAAAAAUUGCAAGAUAUCAUGUGGGAACACGAGCAUUCCCUUUCCUUUCGGUAUUGAAAAAGGUUGCUACGCUCUUGAAAAGUUCCGACUUAACUGUACAAGAAACGUCACAUUUCUCGAUCGCAGAGUACGAUAUCUUGUGGCGAAUAUCUUUGUGAACGAGGGCUAUCUAAAUGUUAGAAAGUCAAAGUUCAUAGACAGCUUGACCUCCUAUGACUACGAAGAAGAAGAAGAGACAGUUGCCAUACGAAAAAAUGGGACAACGAUGAAAGAAUCUGACCGUCCACUGUUAGAUCUAUUCGAUGUAACCAAAGAAGAUGAUAUGAAGAUGUUGUGGGCUGUCGAAAACAUGACCUGUCCGAUGGCAAAACAGUUAAGUCACAGCUAUGCCUGCCGCAGCAACAACAGUGACUGCCUAAAUGUCAUCCGUGUGAAUGACACGAUGCAGCUUGGCUACCGUUGCAAGUGUUCUCAAGGCUAUGUAGGAAAUCCAUACACACCAAAUGGAUGCACAGAUGUUGAUGAGUGUGCAAUUCCAAAUAUUUGCAAAGGCACAUGCGAAAACCAUCCUGGAUGGUAUAGUUGUAAAGGUUGCGCUCACGGAAAAGAGUUUGAUCCAACAAAAGGGAAAUGUGUGAUGUCAGCUAAGAGACGCAACCUUAUUGUAGGUAUUGCAAUUGGAAUUGGUUGUGGCCUUGUUGCAACAAUACUUGCACUAGGUACAAAUGCACUCGUCAACAGGUGGAAGACAAGCAUACAAAAGAGAGUUCGAAGGGCACACUUUAAGAAGAAUCAAGGACUACUUUUGGAACAACUAAUCUUGGACGAAGGCGCCACGGAUAAAACAAAGAUUUUCUCUUUGGACGAAUUAGACAAGGCAACCGACAACUUCGAUGCCACUCGUGUUCUUGGUCGUGGAGGGCAUGGCACGGUCUACAAGGGGAUUCUAUCUGAUCAACGUGUAGUGGCCAUCAAGAAGUCCAAAAUGGUGGAGCAAGUUGAGAUAGACCAAUUCAUCAACGAGGUUGCCAUUCUCUCGCAAAUCAUCCAUCGCAAUGUGGUGAAGCUUUUUGGUUGUUGUCUCGAGGCUGAGGUCCCCUUGCUAGUUUAUGAGUUCAUCUCAAAUGGCACAUUGUACGAUCUUCUUCACAACGAUCUCGGUGUCAAAUGCUUGCUUUCAUGGGACGAUCGCAUCCGGAUUGCAGUAGAAGCUGCAGGUGCUCUUGCUUAUCUCCACUCAGCUGCUGCGAUACCAAUUUUCCAUAGAGAUGUCAAGUCUUCCAAUGUGCUCCUAGAUGGAAAUUUCACUACGAAGGUUUCUGACUUUGGAGCUUCGAGAUCUCUGUCACUUGAUGAGACUCAUGUGGUGACAAUUGUUCAAGGCACAUUUGGUUACUUAGAUCCCGAGUACUACCACACUGGCCAACUAACGGAGAAGAGUGACGUUUAUAGUUUUGGGGUAAUACUCGUGGAGCUCCUGACAAGAAAGAAGCCAAUUUUUAUUAAUAAUGUAGGUGCAAAACAGAGCUUGUCUCAUUACUUUGUGGAGAGUCUUGUGCAGGGAGUUCUUAUGGAAAUAAUGGAUUUGCAAGUUGUGGAAGAGGCAAACCAGGAAGAAAUUGAUGAUAUUGCCUCAGUGGCGGAAGGAUGCUUGAAAACCAAAGGAGGAGAAAGGCCUACCAUGAAAGAAGUAGAAAUGAGGUUGCAAAACCUUAGAACUACUAGGCUAAAGAGGAACCAACUUGCCCGAAAGAAGGGUGGAGCGAUUGAGCCUUUUCCGUGCUCAGAUAUCAAUAGCUCUGAUGCACGUACCAACUCUGCCGGUACCGUCGACGUACCAUCUUCAUGCAUCUCUGGAAUUUACAGUUUGGAGCAAGAAUUCGCCAGCCUGCCCCGCUGACCAUAUAUGCAACAACAGGAUCGAUUACUUGCUAUGAUCGGUGCAUACAUGUUAGUUUUGGUGUUAUAUAUAUUGCGCAAGUUAAAUGAGUACGUAUCUCAUGUAGUUGUACUUCUUAUGUAUUCCUACGAUACAUUUGUAAACUUUGUGACGGUACAUAUGUAAAUUAUUUUAGCUGUUUAGUGGUACCCUAUGUUUAUCUUUGAUUCA